GUAAAAGUCGACUAUAAAUCGAAAAAGAAAAAUUAAAAAGUAAAUGUCAUUAGUUGUACACAGAUUUAGAUACAUGGCAUUUUUUUAUUAAGACUAUUUUAAUAUAAUAUUACAUAUGGGAGACAAAUUACCUGCUAGUCAACAAUCCAAACCCUUCCCAGGAUCACUUACUCCUGGUUGGAAUGAUCCACCUCUUCUAAAUAAUGUAACUCGACCGCCUGGGGGUACUCGGCUGAACCUCAACAAAAGGGUAGCAUUUCCAUUGAAUUCUACAUCCAUUACUGUGAAUAGCUCAGCGAAUUCAAUUCAACCCGAACUAUCGCCUUUAGCCUGUAUUUCUAAGCCACCCAAUUCAUUAGGAAAACCAAUGUUAAAUCUACAACCAAAUCAAGGAUUUCAUACUCAAAUGACCGAAAAAUCUAUAGAAGACGUAAAUAGCGUUAAUAAGCAGCAAGACAAGAAUUAUUAAUAAAUAUAUCAAUUAUUUUAUUAUUUCCUCAGAUGAAGUUGUUAUUUUGUAAUAAAUUGUUAUUAGAUCAUACGCUCCAUACAUAACUAUAUAAUACAAAUAAAUAAUCUAGUUAAGCUAAAA